AUGAUGAACGCCCCAUAUGUUCCUCAAGAUGUCUCUGAAGUAUCGGAGUUGUUGAAGAGGCUAGAACAGUCCUCCCAAAAGCAGGGUGGUGGAAAGCAUUCCAUCAAGGCUAAAAAGCAUACCUACGAUGUUCAAGGUGCACCUUUCACAGUGGACUCGUGGCAAUUCAAAGACUGGGAUUACAAAAGCCGUGACCUCCCCACAUAUGCCCGUGGACUUUUCACGUACCGUAAGAGGGAUGGUUCACCAGAAAUUGCCGUCAGGGGCUAUGACAAAUUUUUCAAUGUAGAUGAAGUACACGAAACGAAAUGGGAAAAUGUCAAGUCUCGAACAAAGGGUCCUUACGAGCUCAGUGUGAAGGAAAAUGGGUGUAUCAUAUUCAUCGCCGGCUUGGAAGACAAUCAUUUGCUAGUCUGUAGUAAGCAUUCCACAGGAGCACGCGAUAACGCAGAUCUGAGUCAUGCUGUCGCUGGUGAAAGGUGGGUCAACAAGCAAUUGGAGUCCGUUGGAAGAACCAGAGCGGAUCUUGCAAAGGAAUUACGGAGACGCAACGUCACAGCUGUGGCAGAACUUUGUGACGACCGAUUUGAAGAGCACGUCCUCGCUUAUGAACCCCAUGACGCAGGACUUUACUUGCAUGGUAUUAAUCUCAAUUUACCUGACUUUGCUACAUAUUCCAGUGAACUAGUGCACGAAUUCGCAGAUGAAUGGGGUUUCAAGAAAGCACAGUACCUCAUUGAAGAUGACGUUGCUUCCAUGAAGGAUUUUCUUGAACGAUGUGCCGAAACUGGCUCCUAUGCCGGAAGGGAUACAGAAGGUUUUGUCAUACGAUGCGAGCGUUCAAUUCAUGGGCCCAAGAAUGCUUAUCAAAAUUGGUUCUUCAAAUAUAAAUUUGAAGAACCUUACCUCAUGUAUCGACAGUGGCGUGAGUGCACGAAAGCAAUCAUUGGUAACCGAGCUCCAAGAUUCAAGAAGCACAAAAAAAUAACAGAAGAAUACCUUCUUUACGCACGGCGUCAAUUUGCUCGGAAUUCCAACCUUGCUAAGGAAUACAACAAAAACCAUGGAAUAAUUGAAAUGCGAGACGGCUUCUUGAAGGAAAGGGGUCUCAAGGGGUCCGAUAUCAUUCGACAGGAAAAGGAAGAUGAUCCCACCGAAACAGUCACGAACAAUGUGGUCUUGUUGCCGAUUGCAAGCCUCGGGUGUGGCAAAACAACAGUAGCCUUGGCAUUGACUACGCUCUUCGGAUGGGGACACAUUCAGAACGACAACAUAACUGGGAAGGGGAAUAGACCUGCACAAUUCACAUCACAUAUCUGUAAUACUUUGGCUGCGAAGCCCGUUUGCAUUGGCGAUCGAAACAACCAUCAAAAACGAGAGAGGAAGCAGAUCAUCAACGACGUAUCUAACUUGAUCCCCGAAGCCAGGUUCAUUGCGCUGCACUAUGUCCACGAUCCAAAGUCGACGAUGCUGCCCACCAUACGCAAUGUGACCAGAGAGCGCAUAUUUACCCGGGGAGAUAAUCAUCAGACAAUCCAGGCUGGCACGAAGUCACAACAAGAAAUCAUUGGGAUCAUGGAGGGUUUCCUCAACCGAUUUGAGCCUUUUGAUGCUAGCUCACAGCCGGACGAAGACUUCGAUGGAGUCGUAGAUCUCGACGUCUCUGCUUCAUCUAGAGAGAAUCUAGAGACCGUCGUGAACUUUCUGUACAAUCAAUAUCCUAAGCUAAUCCCAACAUUACCGAGCUCAAAGGACUUGGAUCGUGCCAUCGGCGCCGCAAUGAGUGACUAUACUGUGGAUCUAAAACACGAUUUGAGCUUCAACAGCAACAGUAAGAAAAGCAGUGGCACCACCAGCAGCGCCGUGAAGCCUCCCGCACCUCCGAAACUUGAAUUCUUCUGCAUAAGUGUAGAUGCGUCGAGGAUCCGCACUGCUCUCUCCCAAGCUUUCUCUGACGUCUCUCCUGACAUAGCCAAGAUGUACCGCCAUCUUGACACCUCCCGUCGAGUUCAGGCCCAAUUCCACGUUACCCUAAUGCAUCGCGCUUCUAUCAAUGCAAAGCCUGAGCUAUGGCAGAAUCUCUCCUCUCUCCACGCCAAUGCGGUUACUGAGGCUGCCGAGUCGUCCCAGCCAACUUUCGAUCCUGUUCUCGGCAAAUGUAGAAUUCGACUAGAGCAAAUUAUCUGGAACGACCGAGUGAUGACUAUUAUCGUCCGCCUCCUGAACGAGGGUUGGGACACAAGUAACGAAGUGCCACAUAUGACAAUUGGAACUGCGAAUCAAAGCAUCAAGCCAAAGGAAAGCAAUGAUCUAAUUCGGGAUUGGUUAGGUGAGCAUGGUGGUGUACAUGAGACAGAAGUCAAGGGGUUUGUGGAGAUUGAAGGUCAUGUAAGGGCUGUCAUGCAAAGAUACGGGAAAUAG